AUGCCUCUUUUGUCUGGCGUUCCAGCGCUGCCCCCUGGCUUCAGGUCCAGACCACCUUCUUAUCCAAGCAGCCCUGAACCUUGGCUUCUCCCAGGAUGUAGCUCUGUGUAUGACAGUCUGGUCAGUAAUACAGCCCCAGCCAUGCCGCCCUCCCCCAUUAAUGGAGAAAGAGGACCUGCCCCUGCUAUGCAAAAGCUGCGCAGGGCCUCUAUCCUUGAGCGAUGUAUCCUUAGGAUGUCUACUGCAAGUGUUGCUGUUGGAACGGAAGACAUGGAUGGUAUCAGGAGGUCCCAGGCAGGGAUGCGUUUGGCCCCACGAAACCUGGAUCCAGCUCACAUGGAAGGCAAUGAAUCUGUUCUGAAACGACGGCAGAAACAGGUUCAGUACGGCAAGAACACCUCUGGCUACCAGAAUUACCUGGAGCAAGUUCCCAAGCGUCUGAGAAUCUCUGGGCUGCACCCAUCCACUCCAAACAAAUAUAGAAAAUACAGCCGCCGUUCCUGGGACAUGCAGGUUCGCCUUUGGCGGAGAGCUCUGCAUGCGUGGGACCCUCUGUCUGAACCGCAUGGAGAAGCUGAGGAACAAGACCCUCUUGACCAACUGCAGGGGUUGCUUGAGCAGAUGAAUUGCGAGCUAUAUGAAGACUGUAGUGGUAAAGAGCGGACCAGAGGGAUGCUGUCAAACUCCAAAGCCCCCUUCUCCUCUAAACCUGCAGUGGAUGUGUCGGGUCCUCAGGUGCCAUCCUCCCAGCCAGGCUUGGGGUACGCCUUUAGCAGUCAUCUAACAGCUGAUGAGAAUGUGGUGGGGUGGCUGAGAUUUCUCCUGGAAACUGACCACUCCCGCGAUCAACAGGCGCCCCUGCAGGGCGACCGGCUACUGUGGAAGCCAUACUGA